CUGAUCCUGGAGGCCCAUAACGUCCCAGAGUUGUCUGCAGGGGUCAACUGUACCUUUGAGGACCUGGCUGAGAUGGACGGUCUGGUGGAGGGGAACCGCAUCAGGUGCAGCUCGCCUGCCGAGAAGGAGGUGCCUCGCAUUAUCGUAGACAAAGCUGAUCACCAGAUAGUUCAGCUCUACCUCAAGUCCAAGGAGACCGGCCUGGUCUUCGCCAACACCAGCUUUGUCUUCUACAACUGCAGCGUCCACAAGUCGUGUUUGUCAUGUGUGAGAAGCCCCUACCAGUGCCACUGGUGUAAAUACAGACAUGACUGCACCCACGACCCACGCACCUGCUCCUUCCAGGAGGGACGCGUCAAGAAGCCAGAGGAGUGUCCCCAGCUGCUGCCCACUGAGCGCAUCCUGGUGCCGGUCAACGUGGUGAAGCCCAUCACCCUGCGGGCCAAGAACCUUCCCCAGCCACAGUCAGGACAGCGGGGCUAUGAGUGUCUGCUCACCAUCCAGGGUGUGGAGCAGCGGGUGCCCGCGCUCCGCUUCAACAGCAGCUGUGUUCAGUGCCAGAACACCUCGUACUCAUAUGAUGGGAUGGAGAUGAGCAGCCUCCCUGUGGACCUGACGGUCAUCUGGAACGGAGACUUCAGCAUCGACAACCCUGCCGAAAAUAAAGUUCACCUGUACAAGUGUGAUGCCCAGAGGGGGAGCUGUGGCCUGUGUCUGAAGGCAGACCCCCUGUUUGGCUGUGUGUGGUGUAAAGGGGAGAACCGCUGCACCCUCAAGCAGCACUGUCCCCACCCUGAGAGCCAGUGGCUGGAGCGCAAUGGACUCAACAGCAAGUGUACCCACCCACGCAUCACCCAGAUCACUCCGCUGCGGGGGCCUCGGGAAGGGGGCACCCUAGUAACCAUCCGGGGGGAGAACCUGGGCCUGGACUUCAGUGAGAUCCAGGGGAACGUCAGGGUGGCCGAGGUGGACUGUACCCCCGUCCGCGAGGGAUACAUCCCCGCAGAACAGAUAGUGUGUGAGAUGGCGGUGGCAACGCCGAGCCAGUUCGCCAACUACGUGGAGGUGUGUGUGGGGGGUGUGGGGGUCAGAGAGUGUCCAAAAGAGUUCAGGGCCGUAUACUCCAAGUACUACUACUUCGUGGUCACCAGACUGAUCAGCCUGAAGCCCAGCCGAGGGCCCGUCUCCGGGGGAACCAUCGUCAACAUCACCGGUAGCAACCUGGACGCCGGGAGCAACGUGUCCAUCAUGUUCAAGGACCAGAAGUGCACCUAUCACAGGAGGGGCGGCCAGUGGAUCACGUGUCGCUCCCACGCCUCGCUGCAAGGAUAUGGAAACGUCAGUGUGUCAGUGACGGUGGACAAGGCCCGCAUCCAGAAAGACUUGAAGUUUGAGUACGUGGAGGACCCCACUAUCAUCAAGCUGGAACCUGAGUGGAGCAUCUUCAGUGGGCACACACCUGUGACUGUGACCGGCACCAACCUGGACAUCAUACAGAGCCCCCUCAUCAGAGCCAAGUACAACGGUCGAGAGACGGUCAAUAUAUGCCAGGUGUUCAGCCCCACUUCCAUGCUGUGCCAGGCCCCAGAGCUGCCCAUCAGCCUGGGCAGGCAGAGGGAGGUGCCAGCGCGGCCCGAUGAGUUUGGCUUCAUCCUGGAUGACGUGCAAGCAGUGCUGGCCCUCAACAACACGCCGUUCAUCUACUACCCCAACCCCGAGUUCGAACCCCUCCAUGUGUCUGGAGUGCUGGAGCUCAAGCCUGGCUCCCCCAUCAUACUGAAGGGGCGGAACUUCCUCCCUCCCACCAAUACCAACGGCAAUAACGGCAAGCUGAACUACACGGUUCUGAUUGGUGAUAAACCUUGUCUGUUGACCGUGUCAGACAACCAGCUGCUGUGUGAGUCGCCCAACCUGACGGGGCGACACAAAGUCUUGGCCCGUGUGGGCGGCAUCGAGUUCUCCCCGGGCGUGGUCCACAUCACGUCAGACAGUCCGCUGAGCAGCACGGCCAUCAUCAGCAUCGCCGGCGCCGGUGCCCUGCUCAUCCUCUUCAUUGUGAUAGUGCUCAUUGCAUAUAAACGCAAGUCACGCGAGAGCGACCUCACCCUGAAGAGGCUGCAGAUGCAGAUGGACAACCUAGAGUCUCGUGUGGCCCUGGAGUGUAAAGAGGCCUUUGCCGAGCUGCAGACAGACAUCCAUGAGUUGACCAGUGACCUGGACGGAGUGGGCAUCCCCUUCCUGGACUACAGGGCCUACACCAUGAGGGUCCUCUUCCCUGGCAUAGAGGAGCACCCUGUUCUCAGGGACCUGGAGGUGCCGGGCUACAGACAGGAGCAGGUGGAGAAGGGCCUGAAGCUGUUCGGCCAGCUCAUCAACAACAAGGUCUUCCUGCUCUCAUUCAUCCGCACGCUCGAGUCGCAGCGCGGCUUCUCCAUGCGCGACCGCGGCAACGUGGCCUCGCUCAUCAUGACAAUGCUGCAGAGUAAACUGGAGUACGCCACCGAUGUCCUCAAGCACCUGCUCUCUGACCUCAUCGACCGCAACCUGGAGAGCAAGAACCACCCCAAGCUGCUGCUCCGAAGGACGGAGUCUGUGGCAGAGAAAAUGCUGACCAACUGGUUCACCUUCCUGCUAUACAAGUUCCUAAAGGAGUGUGCGGGCGAGCCCCUCUUCUCCCUCUUCUGUGCCAUCAAGCAGCAGAUGGAAAAGGGGCCUAUAGACUCCAUCACUGGCGAGGCGCGCUACUCGCUCAGCGAGGAUAAGCUCAUCAGACAGCAAAUCGACUACAAGAUGCUGGUGGUGAACUGCAUCCACCCGGACAAUGAGAAGAGCCCUGAGAUCCAGGUGAAGGUGUUGAACUGUGACUCCAUCAGCCAGGUGAAGGAAAAGAUCCUGGACGCCAUAUACAAGAACGUUCCCCACUCCCACCGACAGAAGGCCUCUGACAUGGACCUAGAGUGGCGCCAGGGCAGAGGUCAGCGUACGAUCCUGAUGGACGAAGACCUCUCUACCAAGAUUGAGAGCGACUGGAAGAGACUCAACAUGCUUGCUCACUACCAGGUGCCUGAUAACUCUGUGAUGGCCCUGGUCCCCAAGCAGGUGACGGCCUACAACUCGGUCAACAACUCAACUGUGUCCAGAACCUCAGCCAGUAAAUACGAGAACAUGAUCAAGUACACGGGGAGCCCCGACAGCCUGCGCUCGCGCACGCCCAUGAUCACGCCCGACCUGGAGAGCGGGGUCAAGGUGUGGCACCUGGUAAAGAACCACGAACACGGAGACCAGAAGGAGGGAGACCGCGGCUCCAAGAUGGUCUCUGAGAUAUACCUGACCAGGCUGCUGGCCACUAAGGGCACUUUACAGAAGUUUGUGGACGACCUGUUUGAGACCAUCUUCAGCACGGCCCACCGAGGCAGCGCCCUGCCCCUGGCCAUCAAGUACAUGUUUGACUUCCUGGAUGAGCAGGCUGACAAGCACAGCAUCCAUGACCCGCAUGUCAGACACACAUGGAAAAGCAACUGCCUACCUCUGAGGUUCUGGGUGAACGUGAUCAAGAACCCCCAGUUUGUGUUCGACAUCCACAAGAGCAGCAUCACGGACGCCUGUCUGUCUGUGGUGGCCCAGACCUUCAUGGACUCCUGCUCUACCUCAGAACACCGCCUGGGCAAGGACUCCCCCUCCAACAAGCUGCUCUAUGCCAAGGACAUCCCCAGUUACAAGAGCUGGGUGGAGAGGUACUACUCAGACAUCAGUAAGAUGCCAGCCAUCAGUGACCAGGACAUGAAUGCGUACCUGGCAGAGCAGUCCCGGAUGCACAUUAACGAGUUCAACAGCAUGAGCUCCCUCAGUGAGAUCUACUCCUACGUGGGCAAAUACACAGAGGAGAUUGUUUGUGCGCUGGAGCAGGAUGACGCCGCCAGGAAACAGAGACUUUCCUUCAAGCUGGAGCAGGUGGUGGCCUUCAUGAGCCUGGAGAGCUGAGGACCGCACUUCCCAGGGCGCACUGGGAGACCCGUCAGAAACCGAGCUGUGCCUGAGCAAAGACCUGUCCAUCUAUCUCUUCACCAUCGUCAUCAGCAUCAGAACUCCUCUCCGUUUCAAAGACAACACAUAUUAUCCUGUUUUCUUCCUCCUCUUCCUCUUCCUCCUCUUCCUGACAAGUGUUUGGCAUCUCAUCCGCUCAGCUUCAUAGGACGUGCAGAGAAGACUGGCUGACAGACUGACUGGAGGGUCGGCAGAGCUGGGGACUGCUUUUCCCACCAUGCAAUGGGAGGGCCUCAUCCCAGCUUUGCUGCGUAGAAGAGUCUGAUGGAGGGGUGGUUGUUUGCCAGCUCGCCGUAUCGGCAUCAUUUACACUGUAAUGUUGGGGGAGAAACAAACAUUCUAUUUAUGUUGCCUUUAAAAAUAACACUGAUGACUAAGUCUUUUGCCACCACAAUGUUGGGAGUCAAUUUGUUCAGACUUUCUGAACAGGAUAUUAGUCUAUGAAACUACUACAGAGUCCAGUUAAUUGUAGUUAAUAGUCAACAUCACAUCAAACGUGGAAAAACAAAGUGGUAUUAUAUAAAUGAGGAAACCAAAAUGACCACCUCGGAAGACAAAAAUGGAAGGUUUGCCUGGUUCACACUUCUUAAGAUUGGGAAAUAGGCAAACUACAGAAUUGUUUUCUCAAUGUAGCUUUGAGGUGUAUUUGAAGAAACUCCGAUAGGGGCUGGGGAGAGUUAGUGCUUCUUGAAUUUUCCUUUUUUUCUGAAAACCUGACUGACUUUGAAAUCCAGAGAAGGACAGAUUCCCCUUUGUGGCAUUGGCAGGAGUCUGCUCCCACCCACCCACCCCUCCAAGUACCUCUAUAGAUAAAACUAUCCUCAUCUUCUGAAUCUCUGGCUUGUGUGGUACCUGCUCAAUUAUCCUGACUAUUAUAAGACUAAUUAGUGGAGGACAGACCCAGGUCUGUCUGGUCCUCCUCUGUGACGAGAAGCACACAUCCAACUCUUGACCACAGUGACCCGACAGCUCUGACACCUGGAACGGUCAGUCUGUCCCGUGUGUGCUGCUAACAGAUGGAGGUCACUCGCCGGUCUAUCAAAGCACACACACAAACAGAUACACACGGCAGCUGUCCAAGACCUGUUCUGAGGGGAACUCUACUCCUGAUUCACCCUCUGAUCACACUGUCUGAAUACUAGGGGAGCUGACUGACAUCUACUGAGAGGAGGAGAGGGACGCUUCACUAGAGCAGUCUUACCAUGGGCCCAUGCUUUCUACAUGACAGAGACGGUGCGGUACUGUUUAAAUGGGAUCUGCUCUGCUGAGAGAGAGAGACCUUCUGUAAAGACUUGGGACGGGGGGAAUCAAUUGAUGGACGUAACUGGUCAGCCGAAAAACCAAAGGAGCUUGACAUUUUAAAAAGACAAAAAAAGUUAUUUAAAAACAAUGUAUUUAAAGGAAAUGACACGGGAAAAGGAUUUGGUGAAAGAAAAACCCACCCCACAACAACAACUUAACCUUGUGUGAUUUUCUGACCUCAGUGUGCCGAAGGGGGAGCCGCGGACGAGUCCCGCCCUCCUCCUCACCGUCCCGGUUUCUUCCGUGUUUGGCACACCGUUUUUCUUCCCUCUUUGUCCGGUUUUCCACGUCAGUUUUUUUGCACAAGUGUGGAGACAGCUUCCAUGCGGGAAUCUCUGAGCGCUCUGGGUCGCUCAUGUUGUGUGUUAGUGUAGUCGUCCUCCGCAGCCUCUCCAAGCCUCAAAAAGCUGAAACUAGAGUGAGAAAAACAAGUCAACGCCACAUAGACGACCGGACACGGACAUGAACAGACUUGUGGAAUGUGAUAACCUGGAUGGGAGAGAGAGAGAGAGAUGGAGAAACCCUCCUUUCCUUUAGACCUCUGACCUUUCUUUUGCCUUGACAACGUGCCCCAUGUGGUGAUGUGAAUGUGUGGAGACCGCCCUCGGUCCACCUUCGGUCCUUAUUGGCUUUUUAAGCGCAUGUAAAACUUCAAUUUAAAACAAAAAAAAGAGGAAAAUAGAGAAAAUAAGCCUUGCAAAUGAUGAUGUGGAUGUGUUCUUUUCUUUAUUUUGCUUGGAAGAAAAAUGUGAGGGAAAAAAGUGUAUUGUUCAUGUUAAAACUAUAAGUAACCGUGAAGGUGGAACCUUUACCUCCCGUUCAGCCCAUGCAAACCUCUCAUUACCAUGUCUUGUGAAAGUGUUAGACGCUAAUAGGAAUAAAGUGGUACCUUAAAAUCCAAUAUAUUAUAUACCCUUGCAUGCUGACCUAUUUGGAUGUUAUGAAACGGAACUGCCUUGCAAUCAAAUAUAUUUAUCUACUGCUACUAGGAAACGUUUAAACGGUUCACAAACAAAAUGGUUAUUUUGAAUUCUCAUGGACUGAUGUAGAACAAUAACUCAUGACUAAGUUUGAAUUCAUUCAGUCCUUUUGCUUAGUCCUUCCAGAGUAGAUCGUCCUCUAACGCCCAUCCAUAUACAUGUUCCAUUAGUUAGUGACUUCGUCAGUUCCAGAACCCUCAGGUUUUGGGUCUGGUUGACUAAUUCUGCAGUGAGCUCCUUGCUCUUUUCUUGGCUGCUAUCGCUUCUCUAGUGUCUGUCUGUGUUUUCAUCCGGAAACUAUCUCCCCUAGCCUAUAACCUUACCUUUUGGAUUCUAUUAUUUUAUCAUUCAAAAAAACAACAUUUAUUUUUGUAAGCCUGACUGGCUGCAAAGCUACCUUGUAAGCGUCUUAUUGCAGCACCUGUUACUAUAGUUGUGGAUGUGUUCUUUAGAUUCUGUUUUGACAGUUGUUUGAUCUGAAGAGCUCAGUGCCUAGGGAACUAGCAUUAGGAGGGCUUUCGGGGUUCAAUCAAAUAGUUUGCUCAUACAAAACCCAUGUAUCGCACAACAUGCCUCAUUAUUGGAAUCCUUAUGGUCUUAUGGGGUGUACAAUACAUUCAAGUCAAUCACUUGUCUGUUAGUAUCUGCUGUCCUUCGAUUCUACUGCUACAUCUAAAGGUGUUCUGCACAAACUUACUGAAAAGAUACUGGUGGUUUUAACUAUUUAAAAAAACUCUCCUUUGGACAAUUUCAAACGAUGAAACGUCUCUUGAUGAACUCAUCAAAGAGAAACAGGUGUCUGGAAGCUUCAAUAACCACACUAGCUCUGACCCUGAAAGCUUCUGAUUUACUUAGUUGAUUGUGUUUUGUAAAGUGUGUUUUAUUUCCGUCACACCAUCGCUGUCUAAUGUAUGAACCACAUCUAAUUCAUCCUCAACUGAACUGUCUAAAGGGGUGAGUUCUGUCGGUGGUUGGUAUUCAGGUUCGAGGGGGUACAUUCAUGAACAGCGCGUUCUCUCGACGUUCUACACUGCCAACAUGUUCAAACUGUUCACAAAGCUUGUGAUCAAAUAAACAAUAAGACAGAACUGAAAGGAAUCUACUCUAUUAAUUCAGUCUGAUGGAAAAUCCCAGGUAAAACAGUUUGGAAAUAAGACUGAACUUGGCAGGGGCCUCAACGUUUAGGGGCCCUUGUUAGGUUCAGAGACUGUAAAUUGACCCACUAUUACCCAUGUAUUCUAUUCUCUAGCUACCCACAGUUUCCUCCUCUCUCAGUCCAUUGUUUUUAUUUGGUGAAGAGAAUGAAUGUCCUAGAAUCUCGUAGUGAAUCUGCCCCCUGGUGUUGUAACAUACGGUGUUUCCAUUUUCCCCCAUGUUCCCCGGCGACAAAGCUCGUCUGAGACUACGGACCCCUUUGUUGCCGAGGGACUCGAUAAAGCUUCCACCUUCAACGUUUUGUAGGAACUAAAGAUAGGUCCUUCUAGAGCUCAGUGUUAUAGCAGGUGUUACAGAAACAGUAGAAAUACUUUUACUAUUACCAUAUUUGCUGAGAGAUAAAGAGUAUCCUAUCAAGAGAUGAAACUAAACCUGGGGGAAAAGGCCAGCUUCUCUAACUUUGCUAUAAUUAAUUGUAUACCUGUGUAUGUAAAUAUAAUGCAUUCCUAUUUUGCAGUCAAGAACAAAAUACUAUUUGUAAUAUAGAAUAAACUUUAUUAUGAAACAAAGUG